AUGAGACAGUUCUGGGUGGCCCUCAUUGGUUUCUCUCCCCUCUGCACAGGGCUAGCCAGCAGCCCCGAGUGUGCUUGUGGUCGGAGCCACUUCACAUGUGCGGUGAGUGCCCUCGGCGAGUGUACCUGCAUCCCCGCCCAGUGGCAGUGUGAUGGAGACAACGACUGUGGGGACCACAGCGAUGAGGAUGGAUGUAUGCUGCCCACCUGUUCCCCUCUUGAUUUUCACUGUGACAAUGGCAAGUGCAUCCGCCGCUCCUGGGUGUGUGAUGGGGACAACGACUGUGAAGACGACUCAGAUGAGCAGGACUGUCCCCCCCGGGAGUGUGAGGAGGACGAGUUCCCCUGCCAGAACGGCUACUGCAUCCGGAGCCUGUGGCACUGUGAUGGUGACAAUGACUGUGGGGACAACAGUGAUGAGCAGUGUGACAUGCGCAAGUGCUCUGACAAGGAAUUCCGCUGCAGUGACGGAAGCUGCAUCGCUGAGCACUGGUACUGCGAUGGUGACACCGACUGCAAAGAUGGCUCUGACGAGGAGAGCUGUCCCUCAGCAGUGCCAGCGCCUCCCUGCAACCUGGAGGAGUUCCAGUGUGCUUACGGCCGCUGCAUCCUCGAUAUCUACCACUGUGAUGGUGAUGAUGACUGCGGGGACUGGUCUGACGAGGCCGACUGCUCCUCCCACCAGCCCUGCCGCUCUGGGGAGUUCAUGUGUGACAGUGGCCUGUGCAUCAACGCAGGCUGGCGCUGUGAUGGCGACGCGGACUGUGACGACCAGUCUGAUGAGCGCAACUGCACCACCUCCAUGUGUACCGCGGAACAGUUCCGCUGUCGGUCAGGUCGCUGCGUCCGCCUGUCCUGGCGCUGUGAUGGGGAGGAUGACUGUGCAGACAACAGUGAUGAAGAGGACUGUGAGAACACAGGAAGCCCCCAGUGUGCCUCAGACCAGUUCCUGUGCUGGAACGGGCGCUGCAUCGGGCAGAGGAAGCUGUGCAAUGGGGUCAACGACUGUGGUGACAACAGUGACGAAGGCCCACAGCAGAACUGCCGGCCCCGGACGGGUGAGGAGAACUGCAAUGUUAACAACGGUGGCUGCGCCCAGAAGUGCCAGAUGGUGCGGGGGGCAGUGCAGUGUACCUGCCACACAGGCUACCGGCUUACCGAGGAUGGGCACAUGUGCCAGGAUGUGAAUGAAUGUGCGGAGGAGGGGUAUUGCAGCCAGGGCUGCACCAACAGCGAAGGGGCCUUCCAGUGCUGGUGUGAAGCAGGCUACGAGCUCCGGCCCGACCGGCGCAGCUGCAAGGCUCUGGGGCCGGAGCCUGUGCUGCUGUUCGCCAAUCGCAUCGACAUCCGGCAGGUGCUGCCGCACCGCUCCGAGUACACAUUGCUGCUCAACAACCUGGAGAAUGCCAUUGCCCUUGAUUUCCACCACCGACGCGAGCUUGUCUUCUGGUCAGACGUCACCCUGGACCGGAUCCUCCGUGCCAACCUCAACGGCAGCAACGUGGAGGAGGUUGUGUCUACAGGGCUCGAGAGCCCAGGGGGCCUGGCUGUGGAUUGGGUCCAUGACAAACUCUACUGGACCGACUCAGGAACAUCAAGGAUUGAGGUGGCAAACCUGGACGGAGCCCAUCGGAAGGUGCUGCUGUGGCAAAACCUUGAGAAGCCCCGGGCUAUUGCCUUGCACCCCAUGGAGGGUACCAUUUACUGGACAGACUGGGGCAACACCCCCCGCAUUGAGGCCUCCAGCAUGGAUGGCUCUGGACGCCGCAUCAUUGCCGACACUCAUCUCUUCUGGCCCAAUGGCCUCACCAUUGACUAUGCCGGGCAUCGUAUGUACUGGGUGGAUGCUAAGCACCAUGUCAUCGAGAGGGCCAAUCUGGACGGGAGUCAUCGCAAGGCUGUCAUUAGCCAGGGCCUCCCCCACCCCUUUGCCAUCACCGUGUUUGAAGACAGCCUGUACUGGACAGACUGGCACACCAAGAGCAUCAACAGUGCUAACAAGUUUACUGGGAAGAACCAGGAGAUUAUUCGCAACAAACUCCAUUUCCCCAUGGACAUCCACACCUUGCACCCCCAGCGCCAGCCUGCAGGGAAAAACCGCUGUGGGGACAACAAUGGAGGCUGCACUCAUCUGUGUCUGCCCAGUGGCCAGAACUAUACUUGUGCCUGUCCCACUGGCUUCCGCAAGAUCAGCAGCCACGCCUGUGCCCAGAGUCUUGACAAGUUCCUGCUUUUUGCCCGAAGGAUGGACAUCCGUCGGAUCAGCUUCGACACAGAGGACCUGUCCGACGAUGUCAUCCCACUGGCUGACGUGCGCAGUGCUGUGGCCCUUGACUGGGACUCCCGGGAUGACCACGUGUACUGGACAGAUGUCAGCACUGACACCAUCAGCAGGGCCAAGUGGGAUGGAACAGGACAGGAGGUGGUGGUAGAUACCAGUUUGGAGAGCCCAGCAGGCCUGGCCAUUGAUUGGGUCACCAACAAGCUAUAUUGGACAGAUGCAGGUACAGACCGGAUUGAAGUGGCCAACACAGAUGGCAGCAUGAGGACAGUUCUCAUCUGGGAGAACCUUGAUCGUCCCCGGGAUAUCGUGGUGGAACCCAUGGGCGGGUACAUGUAUUGGACUGACUGGGGUGCAAGCCCCAAGAUUGAACGAGCUGGCAUGGAUGCCUCGGGCCGCCAGGUCAUCAUCUCUUCCAAUCUGACCUGGCCUAAUGGAUUAGCCAUUGACUACGGGUCCCAGCGGCUUUACUGGGCAGAUGCUGGCAUGAAGACCAUUGAAUUUGCUGGUCUGGAUGGCAGCAAGAGGAAGGUGCUGAUUGGAAGCCAGCUCCCCCACCCCUUUGGGCUGACCCUGUAUGGAGAGCGCAUCUAUUGGACUGACUGGCAGACUAAGAGUAUACAGAGUGCCGACCGGCUGACAGGACUGGACCGGGAGACCCUGCAGGAGAACUUGGAGAACCUUAUGGACAUCCAUGUCUUCCACCGCCGGCGGCCCCCAGUGUCCACGCCAUGUGCUAUGGAAAAUGGUGGCUGUAGCCAUCUGUGUCUUCGGUCCCCAAAUCCAAGUGGCUUCAGCUGUACCUGCCCCACAGGCAUCAACCUGAUGCCCGAUGGCAAGACCUGCUCACCAGGCAUGAACAGUUUCCUCAUCUUCGCCAGGAGAGUAGACAUACGCAUGGUCUCCUUGGACAUCCCUUAUUUUGCCGAUGUGGUGGUACCUAUCAACAUUACCAUGAAGAACACCAUUGCCAUUGGAGUGGAUCCCCAGGAAGGAAAGGUGUACUGGUCAGACAGUACACUGCACAGCAUCAGCCGUGCCGAUCUGGAAGGCUCACAGCAUGAGGACAUCAUCACCACAGGGCUGCAAACCACAGAUGGGCUCGCAGUGGAUGCCAUUGGCCGGAAAGUGUACUGGACAGACACGGGAACCAACCGGAUUGAAGUGGGCAACUUGGAUGGGUCCAUGAGGAAAGUGCUGGUGUGGCAGAACCUUGACAGCCCCCGGGCCAUUGUGCUGUACCACGAGAUGGGGUUCAUGUACUGGACAGACUGGGGGGAGAAUGCCAAGCUAGAACGGUCUGGAAUGGAUGGCUCAGACCGGACUGUGCUCAUCAGCAACAACCUAGGAUGGCCCAAUGGGCUGACCGUGGACAAGGCCAGUUCCCAACUGCUCUGGGCUGAUGCCCACACUGAGCGAAUUGAGGCCGCUGACCUGAACGGCGCCAGUCGGCACACGCUGGUAUCUCCCGUGCAGCAUCCAUAUGGCCUCACCCUGCUUGGCUCCUAUAUCUACUGGACUGACUGGCAGACCCGUAGCAUCCACCGUGCUGACAAGGGUACUGGCAGCAAUGUCAUCCUGGUGAGGUCCAACCUGCCAGGCCUCAUGGACAUCCAGGCCGUAGACCGGGCACAGCCACUGGGUUUUAACAAAUGCGGCUCUAGAAAUGGCGGCUGCUCCCACCUCUGCUUGCCUCGGCCCUCGGGGUUCUCCUGUGCCUGCCCCACUGGCAUCCAGCUGAAGGGAGAUGGGAAGACGUGUGAUCCCUCUCCCGAGACCUACCUACUCUUCUCCAGCCGCGGCUCCAUCCGGCGUAUCUCGCUGGACACCAGCGACCACACAGAUGUGCACGUCCCCGUCCCUGAGCUCAACAAUGUCAUCUCCCUGGACUAUGACAGUGUGGAUGGAAAGGUCUAUUACACAGAUGUAUUCCUGGAUGUUAUCAGGCGAGCAGAUCUGAAUGGCAGCAACAUGGAGACAGUGAUCGGGCGUGGCCUGAAGACCACUGACGGGCUGGCAGUAGACUGGGUGGCCAGGAAUCUGUACUGGACAGAUACGGGCCGAAAUACCAUUGAGGCAUCAAGGCUAGAUGGUUCCUGCCGCAAAGUGCUGAUCAACAAUAGCCUGGAUGAGCCUCGGGCCAUCGCCGUUUUCCCCAGGAAGGGGUACCUCUUCUGGACAGACUGGGGCCACAUUGCCAAGAUUGAGCGGGCAAACUUGGACGGCUCUGAGCGGAAGGUCCUCAUCAACACAGACCUGGGUUGGCCCAAUGGCCUUACCCUGGACUAUGAUACCCGCAGGAUCUAUUGGGUGGACGCCCAUCUGGACCGGAUUGAGAGCUCUGACCUCAAUGGGAAGCUACGGCAGGUGUUAGUCAGCCACGUGUCCCACCCCUUUGCUCUCACUCAGCAGGACAGGUGGAUCUACUGGACAGACUGGCAGACCAAGUCAAUCCAGCGUGUCGACAAGUACUCAGGCCGGAGCAAGGAGACGGUGUUGGCAAAUGUGGAAGGGCUCAUGGAUAUCAUUGUGGUUUCUCCUCAGCGGCAGACAGGGACCAAUGCCUGUGGUGUGAAUAAUGGAGGCUGCACCCACCUCUGCUUUGCCAGAGCCUCUGACUUCGUGUGUGCCUGUCCUGACGAGCCCGAUGGCCGGCCCUGCUCCCUUGUACCUGGUCUAGUGCCCCCAGCUCCCAGGGCUACCAGCAUAAGUGAAAGGAGCCCUGUGCUACCCAACACACUUCCUACCACCUUGCGUUCCUCAACCACCCGGACCCACACAUCUCUGGAGGAGGUGGAAGGAAGAUGCUCUGAAAAGGAUGCUCGGCUGGGCCUCUGUGCACAUUCCAAUGAGGCCAUACCUGCUGCUCCAGGGGAAGGACUUCAUGUCAGCUACGUCAUCGGUGGACUCCUCAGCAUUCUGCUGAUUUUGGUAGCAAUUGCAGCUUUGAUGCUGUACAGACACAAAAAAUCCAAGUUAACUGACCCGGGAAUGGGAAACCUGACCUACAGCAACCCUUCCUACCGAACUUCCACUCAAGAAGUGAAAAUUGAAGCAAUCCCGAAACCAGCCAUGUACAAUCAACUGUGCUAUAAGAAAGAGGGCGGGCCUGACCAUAACUACAGCAAGGAGAAGAUCAAGAUUGUAGAGGGAAUCUGCCUUCUGUCUGGGGACGAUGCUGAGUGGGACGACCUCAAGCAACUCCGCAGCUCACGGGGGGGCCUUCUGCGGGAUCAUGUGUGCAUGAAGACAGACACAGUGUCCAUCCAGGCCAGCUCUGGCUCCCUGGAUGACACGGAGACAGAGCAGCUGCUGCAGGAAGAGCAGUCUGAGUGCAGCAGUGUCCAUACCGCAGCCACUCCUGAAAGACGGGGCUCUCUGCCAGACACGGGCUGGAAACAUGAACGCAAGCUCUCCUCAGAGAGCCAGGUCUAA